GGUCGAACAUCUGCCGGUACAGCUCUGCUCUGUGAGAUGUUGGACUUCCCCUGCCCUGGUGCCACGCAUCACAACACACUACACAGUCUACCCUCGGGAGAAAGACCCACGAUGGGAAGGUGUGGAGAUGGAGCGCUUCGCGGAUGAGGCUGAUGUAGUAAUUGUCGGAGGGGGUCCGGCCGGCUUGUCUGCUGCUGUCCAUCUGAAGCAGUUGGCACAGGAAAGCGGCAAGGCGCUGCGCGUUUGUGUGGUUGAGAAGGCUUCCCAGAUUGGAGCGCACACUCUCUCUGGUGCAUGUCUGGAGCCCAGCGCUCUCAACGAACUCUUACCAGACUGGAAAGAGAGUGAGUAACAGAGAGCACCUCUGAAUACACCUGUCACUGAGGACAAAUUUGGAAUUUUAACAGAAAAGUUCAGAAUCCCAGUUCCAAUACUACCUGGGCUUCCGAUGAAUAACCAUGGUAACUACAUAGUCCGUCUGGGCCAUUUUGUGCGGUGGCUUGGGGAACAGGCAGAGGAGCUUGGGGUGGAACUGUAUCCUGGAUACGCUGCUGCAGAGGUGUUGUUUCAUGAGGAUGGAAGUGUAAAAGGAAUCGCCACAAACGAUGUUGGGAUUUCCAAAGAUGGUUCACCUAAGGGUGUGUUUGAAAGAGGGAUGGAGCUUCAUGCGAAGGUGACUCUGUUUGCAGAAGGCUGCCAUGGACACUUGGCAAAGCAGCUUUACAAACACUUCAGCCUGAGGGAGAACUGCCAGCCACAGACCUAUGCUAUUGGACUAAAAGAGGUGUGGAUCAUUGAUGAGAAGAAAUGGAAACCUGGGAGGGUGGAGCACACGGUUGGCUGGCCUCUGGACAGGAACACAUACGGAGGCUCCUUCUCGUAUCAUCUGAAUGAAGGAGAGCCGUUGGUGGCCUUAGGCUUUGUAGUUGGUUUGGAUUAUCAGAACCCUUACCUGAACCCCUUCAGAGAGUUUCAGAGGUGGAAGCAUCACCCCUCUGUUGCUCUGACACUGGAGGGUGGAAACUGCAUUGCUUAUGGAGCCAGGGCUCUGAAUGAGGGCGGAUUCCAGUCUCUGCCAAAGCUCACGUUCCCUGGAGGACUGCUCGUAGGGUGCAGUCCUGGGUUCCUGAACGUGCCCAAGAUCAAAGGCACCCACACGGCCAUGAAGAGCGGCAUGCUUGCUGCAGAGGCCAUCUUCCGGAAAAUCGCGGAUGAAAACACGCAGUCUGAGACGGCCGGAAUCCAUGUUCCGGACUAUGAAGAUGACUUGAAAAAGUCCUGGGUUUGGAACGAGUUGUACAGUGUGAGAAACAUUCGACCAGCUUUCCACAGUUAUUUUGGACUUUAUGGAGGAAUGGUAUACACAGGAAUAUUUUACUGGAUUUUCAGGGGGAAAGAGCCAUGGACAUUGAAACAUAGAGGUAAGGACUGUGAUCAGCUGAAGCCAGCGAAGGACUGCACCCCUAUUGACUACCCCAAACCAGAUGGGAAGCUGAGCUUUGACCUCCUCUCCUCUCUGGCACUGAGCGGGACUAACCAUGAGCAGGACCAGCCUCCACACCUCACGCUCAUGGACGACAGCAUUCCUGUCACGCAGAACCUGGCUGUUUACGAUGGGCCAGAACAGCACUUCUGUCCAGCAGGUGUGUACGAGUAUGUUCCUAUAGAGACCGGAGAUGGUAUGAGACUACAAAUUAACGCUCAGAACUGUGUGCACUGUAAGGCCUGUGAUAUUAAAGAUCCCAGCCAGAACAUUAACUGGGUUGUCCCAGAAGGAAGUGGGGGCCCUGCUUACAAUGGCAUGUGAUUUUUCUACAUUAAUCCAUUUUUUUUGGAAGAAGAAUGAAGUUACAUUGGGCUGUGAAUUCUGUGAACAUUAUACUUGGCAGGUAAUGGCAAAUGCUGAUUUCCUAUUCAAAUGCAACCUGCACUCUCCAGACUGGUGUAGCGGAUCAUGUCAUAGUUAAACCAAUCAUAAACACUUGUACUUAAUUUGCAGAGAAAAGCAAUGCAACCAGCUAAGGAAAAUGUAACUUACUACAUGACUAGCAAUUUCACUUUUUUGUAGUACUGGGCACAGGUAGUUGUUUAUAACACAUUUUGAAAAUGCACAGUACAUGCAGUGCUCGAGUGAUUUAUCCAAAAAUGUAUCCUAUUACAGUGUGCUGCCUGAAUAAUCAUGUACAUCUUAUAUAAAGAAAUCAAGAUUGUUCCUUGUCUGUGCAUGUGCAGUGCAUAAGUUUUAUUGUAUUAUACUAUAUGUCCAUCACCACUGCACCAAUCAAAUUCAAUGUAGUUGGAUAUCUAGUUAGCAGAAAACCUACACUGCUGAUGUUCUGAGAGAAAGAACACAUUUUCUCCACCUGAAAAGUGGAUAUUAUUAUUUUAUGAUGAAUGUGAGUUUUCGGUUUG